CUAUAUCGGAACUUCUCGUUAUGCUAUUCUGAUGUAGCCUACUGUGGGUUAUUUUCUGUCACUCAUGUCACGUAGGCUUUCUUUACAGUGUUCCAAUGUGAAUGUUACGAUAAAUCGAUUAUGGCGUUCUAAAAGAGAGAUCAUGAUACAUUGUUGCGUCAACGUAACAUGUUAUUCUUGUUGAGUUCGAAUGUUCUAAUUUGUCUGUGCGUUAAUAGUAGAGUCAUUACGAUCACAGCAGGGGAAGUUUCAGUUUUAUCAACAAAUACCCACGUUAUAGCAUAACAAGGAUGACGUCCACAAAAUUAUAGUGUCCUCUACUAUACUAGUUGGUAUCUUAAGGUGAGUCGAGUCGUGGUGUACAAUUGAAACGCUAACAACUACAAGAACAGUGGUGGUGUCGAACUUUAUACCGAGUUACUGAAUCAGAAUCGCGGAAGACCAAGUGACACCGAUUUGGAAACGAAACUUAUCGCUGAAAUCAGCGAACCGAACGAACAGACAGGAGUUAUGAAGGCCUAGCUCAGACAGGCCUCACAACAACACGUUGUAAGUAAUUAAUAACGCGUUAAAUACAGAAAAGGCAUCGGUAGGCCCAAUGUUAUGUAGCCACACGUAUGUGUUGUUUUCAGCCAGCUAUGCCUAUUAAUUCAGCAUUUCUCGCAGUCACCUUGUGAAUUUGAACAUUUAUUAAGUCACGCGUGGAUAAUAAAUGCAGACGGGCGCGUUCUCUCCAUUUCUUCCUCUUAGUAGCGGGUCCUCGGCUCGUCGUGUGCCAGCCAUGGCUUUCGCCUCUGAAGAGAGUAGCGAAGGCAUGCAGUUGAGUGAGAACGAGCCAAUGGUGGAGGAUGAGUUUACAUGUUCCGCGGCGUUGAGGGGGGCCGUACUGGCUCUCCAGCCCACGGCGAAGCGCGUUUUCGGGGUGGAGUUGGACAUAGCCCUGGAUGAAGAGGCGGAGGUCCAUCAGACCGGACUCAUGUGGCUACUGCUGAAGGGGAAGUCUGGAGACGUACUUGCGGCUAAGCUCUUUGUGAAGGGUGCAGUGAACCAGGAGGAGCAGCAGGAGGUUCCCUACCCAGAGGUCCUGCACUCCGUGUUCUGUGGUGCCCGUGGGCUGUUCAUGGACUGCCUGAUCAGAAACACCUCAGCCCACAUCGUGGUGGGCUCCCCAGGGUGCGUCCUCAUCUCAGGCCUGGCAGAGCCCGUGGUCCGGGCCUACUCUCUCAUCGUGGACCUGGUGGAGAGGUAUGAGAGCAGCCAGGGUCGGCGCAUGGACGCUGGGGCUCGAGGAGCAGUCGAGUCCCUUGAUUCCCGUCGGGCCUUCAAGACGCUGGUGGAGAGGUGGGAUGACCGGCACACGCUGGACCUGCUGGUGCUGCCUGUGUCCGUGAAGGAGGUCCUCCUCGAACUGGUGAGGGACAGCCCUUGGAACACGGCCUCCGCCACUCUUGAGACCGUGGUGGCACGGACAGACACGGACGAGCACGAGGCGGGCCGAGGCGCCACAGCCAUGGUGGACAGGGCUUCUCACAGCAUCCCAGAUGAACAGCCGGACUCGAGUCGGCACAGUUCAGGAAGCAGUGUCCUUCCCACCAGGUCAGACUCGACAGGGGAUGUUGAAGGGCAGCAUUCCUACCAGCGCCAGGGCACGGUUGUGCCAUCAGUCACUCCAGGAAGGGAGCUUUCGGAUCCCUUCUUCCGGAGUUUUGCAGUCGUGGACGGGGCCCCCCGGGGUCAGGUUGAGGGUGCGGACGAGAGGGGAGGAGGACCUCGGGGGCAGCAGGGGUGGAGAGGGGGUGCUCCACAGGAAGUCGUGGAUGAAGCGUUCAGAACGGACAUGGAGGCUGUGGCCGUCGGCAGCCAGGACGACCUCGGCCUCCGGCUGAAAUUCUUCACCGCCAUGGGCUUCAAGGAGGACGUUGUGAAGAGGGUGCUUGCUCGGACUGGACCCGUAGACCCCUGUGACAUCCUGGAGCAGGUCCAGCAAGAGCAGGACCGGGAUGACGGAGGAGGAGGAGAGGAGGAGGAGAAAGAGAAAGAUGGCAUCAGUAGAAGGUCCGGCGACGGAGCCGAAGGGGAAGCUGCCUUCAGCAGCAGCAGCAGGACAGUGGAGAGAGGAGCGGCGAAUCACAGCAGCCAGGGGAGCUUCGGCGACAGGAGCCUGGGGGAAGGGCUUCGGAGCGAGGGAGGGGGGGAGGAGGAGGAGGAGGACGACGACUUUGUCCUGGGCGUGGUGAAGCGGGCGGCAGCCAGCUGCGGGUACACGGAGGAGCGGGUGCUCGAGGUGUGCAGCAACCUGCCCGAGCUCAGCUUCCACCAGCUGCUCCUGGAGCUGCAGAGGCAGGGCGAGCGGGACGGCAAGCCGGCGAGGACAAACCCCACGGAAGCCACCGCUGCCACUCACAGAGCACAGCAACGAGCUAAGGAGUCUCCCACCGACUUGGCCAGAAAGGAGGUGGGAGAGAUGAGGAGGAGGAAGGAGGAGGAAGAGAGGGAUGCUGGGAGAGCGAUGAAGAAUAAAGCAUCGCUUGAUAAGAGAGACAAGGAGAAGGGUGGGGACAAUCAGGGGGAACCGUUAGGGAGAGAACCUAGCGCCAAAGCCGUAACCACGCUGGGUGAGAACGUUCUGGUGGAGCACAGAGCUAUCGAGAGGUUCUUGAUUGAUCAAGCUUAUCAGGACUCGCCCCAGGAGGCCCCUGUGAAAAGAGAGAGCCCUGCUUUGACGGAUCGACAUGACAUUGCACACACAAGACCUCCCGUGACUGGAGCUGCAAGCAGUAGCACCAGAACAAACAACUGGAACACCUUCAACCCCCAGAACCACCAGAACCAUCAUCGAGGCCUGGUUCAUACGGACUCGAUGGGGAGAGGAGGUUCUUCGUCCAUCAGAGGACCACCGCGACCCAGCUACCCUCAUGACAUGCUCGUUGAACCUCAAAAGAACCCACACUCGGCCACCCUGCCGGCUCAUUUUGGCAGACCACCCCAGAGACAGGGGCUCCCACCCAUGGGUGCAAGGGCCGUGGUCACAGGACAGCAGCGCUUCCUGGAGGGCUUGCAGAUGCCCUUUGAACUCAAACUGGCUGGUGGAAACGGAGAUCCUGGUUUGCGACAAGUGAUUAUUGAUGGGAGCAAUGUUGCUAUGAGCCAUGGACUGGGCCAGUUCUUCUCCUGUCGUGGCAUCGCCCUGGCCGUGCAGCACUUUUGGGACAGAGGUCACCGCCAGAUCUCAGCACUGGUGCCCCAAUGGAGACAGAAGAGAGACCCCAAGGUCAAAGAACAGCACUAUCUGACUGAGCUACUGGACCUUGGACUGUUAUCGUUCACGCCAUCCAGGGAGGUCAUGGGGAAAAGAAUCAACUCUUAUGACGACAGGUUCAUGCUUCAGCUCGCCCAGAAGACGAAUGGAGUGAUCGUGACAAACGACAACAUGAGAGACCUGUUUGAUGAGUCCCAUGCCUGGAAGGACAUCAUCAGAAAGAGCCUCCUCCAGUACACGUUUGUUGGGGAUCACUUUAUGGUUCCAGACGACCCUCUGGGUAGAGACGGGCCUCACCUCAAUGAUUUCCUCCGCUCACAGCAGAGGUCCUCCGUCACCAGCAGUCACACAUUCCCAGGCAUGGCCUCCUCGGUCCCCAACCCCCUGCUCCAGCAGCAGCGCUCUCAAACCGAGGUGCCGCACUUCCACGACCGGACACCAGGGGGUGGCAGAGUCGCACCGGAGUUCCAGCCCGACCACCCAGACCUCCAGCCCCAGGGCCCAGUAGCCGGCCAGCCACCCCACCCCUGGGAGCAGGCGCACCGGAGGGGGGGAAGAAGAGGAGGAGGUGGAGGGUUAGGGCGUGCGGGGCCUGAGACCCAGCCGCACAGGAGCGCCAAGGAGACUUCCAGGCUGAGGGAGAGCUUGAGCCAGGUGUUCCCGGGUCAGGAGAGCGCGGUGACGCUGGCCCUGCAGAAACACCCGAUACUCACAGACGUCAACCUGCUGUCCCACUACAUCCUGGAACACCAGGCAGCAGGGGAGUAGAGGAAAGAGAGAAACAUGGAAUGUGUGUGUGAGCGAGUGAAUGGGAGGGAGAUUGUGUGUGUGUAACGAUUAAUAUAUUUUAGCAGCCUUAAUUUCAAACAGUCUCUACUACAUCUGACAUAUACCAGCAUAAGUGAAAGGAGCACUUGCCAAUAACCUGUGAGACUUUGCGUGAAGCUUGAACGACUGUAACACCUAUUACUAACUAGGGUUACAAACUAGGGUUUAGUGCCAUUACUGUGAUGCUGCAGGACCAAAGAUGCGUAAAUGGUGGGCUAGGCCUACUCUUGAUAUACUUUUUUCUUUUUUUUUUUGCCUUACACUUUUUACUAAAUCUUAAUACAUUUCAGAGUGUAAUAUUUGUAAAUGUCUAUUUUUGUGGAUAAAUUAUACCUAUAGUGUAUUUUAUUACUAUUGAAGUACUAUUUGUAUUAUUUGCACAUUAUAAUGUGUUUUUUUGUAAAUAAGUGUUUUUGUAUCAUCUCCACCUUGCUUUAAGAGCUUGAUGUUUAGUUCUAGAGGUCAGGGGUAAUUUUAAAGUCUGGUGAGCCUCAUCAGUUAUUAUUUUUUUAUUUUUCAUAUUAUCAACUAUUGUCUUACAUGACACAGUUUUAGUAGUAAUCUGGUUUUAAUAGUAAUCUGGCAUGGGAAUAUAAUCUGUCACACAAACAAAAAUGGGAAUUAUUAUUAACCAUAUCUGAAUUUGGUUGUUCUGACUUAAUUUCUAGUAUACCAUUAAUCACUGUUAUUUAUGGUAAAUAUCAUGUCUUAAUGAUGUCACCUCAUAUAAUAAAAUUGAGUAUAGUCAUUCA